AUGCCCCGCAACGAAAGCAAGAUUGAGAUUGCUGCGCCACCUGCGAAAGUCCGGGAAGUGUUGCUCAACUUUUCGGCCUUUUCCGAAUGGCACACGGACUUCAUCAAGGGCAUUAAGAUCGAGGACGAGUCGAAAACCCCCGAGUCCCUCGCUCAUGGCGACAAGGUGGAGUGCAACAUUGAAGGAUGGAAGUUCGUUGCAGAAAUUAGGGAGAACAGCGAGAGCAUGUUCUCAUGGCAAGGCCCACCCGUCUUGACUGUUGCUGGGCUACAUCAGUUUCGCAUGGAACCCACCAAAGACGGCUCGGCCACAGUCUUCACACAAUCGGAAGAUCUCAAGGGACCGCUGGCUUUCCUGAUGGGUCCUUCAUUACUGGGCAAGAAGAUGGCCGCCCACUUUGCUGAGUUCAACACCGACCUCAAGCGUCGGGUUGAGAGUCUGAGCUCUUGA